AUGGCAGCUGGCCUUGGCCUUCAGGGAUGGCUGCUCUGGGCCCUGCUCCUGAAUUCGGCCCAGGGCGAGCUGUACACGCCCAUCCACAAGCCUGGCUACUGCACCUUUUAUGACGAAUGUGGGAAGAAUCCAGAACUGUCUGGAGGCCUCACAUCACUAUCCAACGUAUCUUGCCUGUCUAAUACCCCAGCCCGCCCUGUCGUAGAUGAACAUCUGGCCCUCCUCCAGCGCAUCUGUCCCCAGCUGUACAAUGGCCCCAACACCACCUUUGCCUGUUGCUCUGCCAAACAGCUCGUGUCAUUAGACAGGAGCUUGUCCAUCACCAAGGCCCUCCUCACCCGCUGCCCGGCCUGCUCUGACAAUUUUGUGAGCUUGCACUGCCACAACACCUGCAGCCCUGACCAAAGCCUCUUCAUCAAUGUCACCCGUGUGGCUGUGCGGGACCCUGGACAGCCUCCUGCCGUGGUGGCCUAUGAAGCCUUUUACCAGCGCAGCUUUGCAGAGAAGGCCUAUGAGUCCUGUAGCCGGGUGCGCAUCCCCGCAGCUGCCUCACUGGCCGUGGGCAGCAUGUGCGGCGUGUAUGGCUCAGCUCUUUGCAAUGCCCAGCAUUGGCUCGACUUCCAAGGAGACACAGGGAACGGCUUGGCUCCGCUGGACAUCACCUUCCACCUCUUGGAGCCUGACCAGGUCCUGGCAAAUGGGAUGCAGCUUCUAAACGGGAAGAUCACACCCUGCAACGAGUCCCAGGGUGAAGACUUGGCAGCCUGUUCUUGCCAGGACUGUGCAGCCUCCUGCCCCGUCAUUCCUCAGCCCCCGGCCUUGCGCCCUUCCUUCUACAUAGGUCGUAUGCCAGGCUGGCUGGCUCUCAUUAUCAUUUUCACUGCUGUCUUUGUGCUGCUCGCUGUUGUCCUUGUGUAUCUCCGAGUUUCAGACCGGAAGAAGGGCAAGCCAACAGACCCCCAGGACGCCUCCGACCUCCCUCAUAAGCGGAAACUGUCACCUUACACCAUCCUUGGCCAGUUCUUCCAGAGAUGGGGCACAAGGGUGGCCUCAUGGCCGCUCACUGUCUUGGCACUGUCCUUUAUGGUUGUGAUAGCUUUGGCGGUAGGCCUGACCUUUAUAGAACUCACCACAGACCCCGUGGAACUUUGGUCUGCCCCCAAAAGCCAAGCCCGGAAAGAGAAGGCCUUCCGCGAUGAGCAUUUCGGCCCCUUCUUCCGAACCAACCAGGUUUUUGUGACAGCUCGGAACAGGUCCAGCUACCAGUACGACUCUUUGCUCCUAGGGUCCAAGAACUUCAGUGGCAUCCUGUCCCUGGACCUGGUGUUAGAGCUGCUGGAGCUUCAGGAGACGCUUCGCCACCUGCAGGUGUGGUCCCCCGAGGCACAGCGCAACGUCUCCCUGCAGGACAUCUGCUACGCCCCGCUCAACCCGUACAACACCAGCCUCUCCGACUGCUGUGUCAACAGCCUCCUACAGUACUUUCAGAACAACCGCACGCUCCUGCUGCUUACCGCCAACCAGACGCUGGGUGGCCAGACCUCCCAGGUAGACUGGAAGGACCAUUUCCUCUACUGUGCAAAUGCCCCUCUAACGUUCAAAGAUGGCACGUCCCUGGCCCUGAGCUGCAUGGCUGACUACGGGGCCCCUGUGUUUCCCUUCCUUGCUGUUGGGGGGUACCAAGGGACGGACUACUCCGAGGCCGAGGCGCUGAUCAUAACCUUCUCUCUCAAUAACUACCCCGCCGAUGAUCCUCGCAUGGCCCAGGCUAAGCUCUGGGAGGAGGCUUUCCUAAAGGAAAUGCAAGCCUUCCAGAAGAGGACGGCUGACAAGUUCGAGAUGGCAUUCUCAACUGAGCGCUCUCUGGAGGAUGAGAUCAACCGUACCACCAUCCAGGACCUUCCUGUCUUCGCCAUCAGUUAUAUUAUCGUCUUCCUGUACAUCUCCCUGGCCUUGGGCAGCUACUCCAGAUGGAACCGAGUAGCGGUGGAGUCCAAGGCUACUCUGGGCCUAGGUGGGGUGGCUGUUGUGCUGGGAGCAGUCGUGGCUGCGAUGGGAUUCUACUCCUACCUGGGUGUCCCCUCCUCUCUGGUUAUCAUCCAAGUGGUACCUUUCCUGGUGCUGGCCGUGGGAGCUGACAACAUCUUCAUCCUUGUUCUUGAGUACCAGAGGUUGCCUAGGAGGCCCGGGGAGGAGCGAGAAGCCCACAUUGGCCGUACCCUGGGCAGCGUGGCCCCCAGCAUGCUUCUGUGCAGCCUCUCCGAGGCCAUCUGCUUCUUUCUAGGAGCCCUGACCCCCAUGCCAGCUGUGCGGACCUUUGCCUUGACCUCUGGCCUAGCAAUCAUUCUUGACUUCCUGCUUCAGAUGACCGCCUUUGUGGCCCUGCUCUCCCUGGAUAGCAAGAGGCAGGAGGCCUCUCGCCCUGACGUCUUAUGCUGCUUCUCAUCCCGGAAGCUGCCCCCACCUGAACAAAAAGAGGGCCUCUUGCUCUGCUUCUUCCGAAAGAUAUACGCCCCCUUCCUGCUGCACAGGUUCACCCGCCCUGCUGUGCUGCUGUUGUUUCUGACCCUGUUUGGAGCAAAUCUCUACUUCAUGUGCCACAUCAGCGUGGGGCUGGACCAGGAGCUGGCUCUGCCCAAGGACUCAUACCUGAUCGAUUACUUCCUCUUUUUGAACCGAUACUUUGAAGUGGGGCCUCCAGUGUACUUUGUCACCACCUCGGGCUACAACUUCUCCAGUGAGGCAGGCAUGAACGCCAUUUGCUCUAGUGCAGGCUGUGACAGCUUCUCCUUAACCCAGAAGAUCCAGUAUGCCAGUGAAUUCCCUGACCAGUCUUAUCUGGCGAUUGCUGCGUCCUCCUGGGUAGACGACUUCAUCGACUGGCUGACCCCAUCCACCUGCUGCCGCCUUUAUACCUCUGGCCCCAAUAAGGAUGAGUUCUGCCCCUCAACCGUUACUUCCUUGAACUGUUUAAAGAAUUGCAUGAGCUUCACUCUGGGCCCCGUGAGGCCCACAGCAGAGCAGUUUCACAAGUACCUGCCCUGGUUCCUGAAUGAUCCCCCCAACAUCAGAUGUCCCAAAGGGGGUUUAGCAGCGUACAGAACUUCUGUGAAUCUGAGCUCAGAUGGCCAGGUUAUAGCCUCCCAGUUCAUGGCCUACCACAAGCCGCUAAGGAACUCACAGGACUUCACGGAAGCUCUCCGGGCAUCCCGGUUGCUAGCAGCCAACAUCACAGCUGAACUACGGAAGGUGCCUGGGACAGACCCAGAGUUUGAGGUCUUCCCCUACACGAUCUCCAAUGUGUUCUACCAGCAAUACUUGACCGUUCUCCCUGAGGGAAUCUUCACACUUGCUCUCUGCUUUGUGCCCACCUUUGUGGUCUGCUACCUCCUCCUGGGCCUGGACAUACGCUCAGGCAUCCUCAACCUGAUCUCCAUCAUUAUGAUUCUUGUGGACACCAUCGGCCUCAUGGCUGUGUGGGGUAUCAGCUACAAUGCUGUGUCCCUCAUCAACCUUGUCACGGCAGUGGGUAUGUCUGUGGAGUUCGUGUCUCACAUCACCCAGUCCUUUGCUGUGAGCACCAAGCCUACCCGGCUGGAGAGAGCCAAGGAAGCUACGGUCUUCAUGGGCAGUGCGGUGUUUGCUGGAGUGGCCAUGACCAAUUUCCCAGGGAUCCUCAUCUUGGGCUUUGCCCAGGCCCAGCUUAUCCAGAUCUUCUUCUUCCGCCUCAACCUCCUGAUAACCUUGUUGGGCCUGUUUCAUGGCUUGGUCUUUCUGCCUGUUGUCCUCAGCUAUCUGGGGCCUGAUGUUAACCAAGCUCUGGUACUGGAGAAGCUAGCCACAGAGGCAGCAAUGGCCCCGGAGCCCUCUUGCCCGAAGGCCCCCUCCCCUGCCAAUGUUCACACCUAUGAAUACGUUAACCACAACUUUGAAGAAUGUGCCUGUGGAGCUGGCGCUGCUAGCAGCUCUUUGCCCAAAAGCGACCAGAAGUUCUAA